CUGUCUCAUUUCUCUUUUCUGUCAUUCUGACUCUCGUUUCUCGACAAAAGCAGUCAAGUAUCAGCGAUCAGUGUUUCAUUUUUCAGAAAGUGAAAGUAUAGUUUAGAUUGCUGGAGCUCAAACAGUGAAAAUGGCUUCAUUAGCUAAAGAUGAUUUUUCUUGUCCCGUGUGCUGUGAAAUCUUCAACAAUCCUGUUGUUUUAUCAUGUAGUCACAGUUUCUGUAAAGAGUGUCUUCAACAGUUCUGGAGAUCCAACAAAACUCAGGAGUGUCCUGUCUGCAGGAGAAGAUCCUCAAGAGAUGAUCCUCCAUGUAAUCUUGUGUUGAAAAACUUGUGUGAGUUGUUCCUGAAGGAGAGAAAAGAGAGGCGUUCAUCAGGAUCUGAGGAGAUCUGCAGUUUACACAGUGAGAAACUCAAACUCUUCUGUCUGGACGACAAACAGCCUGUGUGUUUAGUGUGCAGAGAUUCACAACAACAUGAUAAUCAUAAAUUCAGACCCAUAAGUGAAGCUGUUUCAUCAAAUAAGAAGGAGCUUAAUAAAGAUUUGAAGUCCUUACAAGAGAAAAUUCAACACAAUGAAAAAAUGAAAGGAGAGUUUGAGAAAACAGUUCAACACAUCAAGUCUCAAGCUGAUCACACAGAGCUUCAGAUUAAACAGCAGUUUGAGAAGCUUCAUCAGUUUCUCAGAGAUGAAGAAGAAGCUGCAAUCACUGCACUGAGGGAGGAAGAGGAGCAGAAGAAGCAAAUGAUGAAGGAGAAGCUGGAGGAGAUGAACAGACACAUCUCAGCUCUUUCACACACAAUCAAAGACAUGGAGAAGAUGAUGAAAGCCAAUGAUAUCUGCUUUCUGAAGGAGUUUCCAGUCUCAAUGGAAAGAGUCCAGAUCUCACAGCCGGAUCCACAGAUGGAUUCUGGAGCUUUGAUUCAUGUGUCACGUUACUUGGGCAACCUGCAGUUCAGAGUCUGGAAGAAGAUGCAGGACAUCGUCCAAAACACUCCUGUGAUUCUGGAUCCAAACACUGCGAAUCCAGAUCUAGUCCUGUCAGAUGAUCUGACCAGUGUGAGAGACAGCGGGAACAAACAACCUCUUCCUGAUAAUCCAGAGAGAUUUGAUAUCUAUUCCUGUGUUCUGGGUUCAGAGGGUUUUAACUCAGGAACACACUGCUGGGAUGUGGAGGUUAAAGAGAGUUCAGCUUGGAGUCUUGGAGUAACUACAGCAUCAAACCAGAGGAAGGGAUUUGAUUUCUUCAACACAGAUGUCUGGAGUGUGCGGUACAGUGUGUUUACGCAGACUGGUUUUCCUGUUGAACAGUAUCUUGAGCGUGUGAAAGUGUAUCUGGACUAUGACAGAGGAACGGUGUCAAUCUCUGAUCCUGUAACUAACACACAUCUACACACAUUCAUAGCCACCUUCACUGACACAAUCUUUCCUUUCUUCAGUUGUUCUUCCUCUCUAAAGAUCUUACCAUUGAAUAGUCAGUAAACGUUGCUCCUGUAGGUCUGGAUCUUCCUGUUUUUAUCAUGUUUCCAAUAUUUCAUCCAUAUCACAUGAGUAAGAGUGCUGUUGAUCUGAAUUAGUGUUUAUCUGAAUUAUCUGAAUUUUAAAAAUGUGACGAUAUCAACAUUCCCCCCUAGAAUUUUGAGCGCUUUUGAGAGGAUUUUUAAACACCUCUGAUUGGCCGUUGUGUUCACGCGCUCAACAGAUAUGUCUGUGAUUGGCUACAAUGAUCAACACUUCAAAAACAUCUUGUAAACAGACAUCUUUGAUGCUCUUCAAUGAGUGAUUUGCCUCUUCAGUCAAAAAUGACUGAAAAAUUUUUUUGCUUCAUUGGGAUGAAACUUGGUGACUUUUGUCGCAUUAGCUGUGAACACACAAAAAAAAUAUGAACAUGAUUCAGAUGUUAAAGGGUUUGCAAUGGAAUUUUUAAAACUAAUCAUAAUUAAUAUCAUAAUCAACUAAAAUUUCUUUUUCCUACAGGCCUAACAAGUUGACUUUGAGAAUAGAGAAAUAGUCACUAAGACUGUGUGUUGUAGCGGUGGAAAAUAUUGCUAUGCUAGCUAGACAUCAUCCAUGCAGAUGUAAAAAGUAUAUAAAAAUAUUUUGACCUGUUGAGUAAUCAGUGAACUAUUAACCUUGUGAUUUUUGAUGAUUCUGUGAUUCAGCUGUUCUAAUCUAAAUUUACUCUGCCAGAAAGCAUGGCAGAGGAAGAAUGUUGUUUUUCUCUAAUCUAAACCAAUUACAGUCAAACCAAAAUUUAUUAGGACACCUUGAACAUGUCAUUCAUUAGUACAGUUUAUUCACUAUAGUUAAAAAAAUGGUAAAUUAUGACAAGAUCUCAGAGAUCUCAGAAAAAAAAAAAAAAAUCUUAAGCAAAACAUGGUCAGGUCAAAGUGUCUGAUUAAUUUUUUG